AUGUUUCCCACCUUAGGUCGUUCCUUUGCUCGCUGGAAUUUCAAACGUGCUUCUAUUACGAAAUUCGCUUCGAUUCACACUAUGGCUAUCAAUCCUCGGGAUCCGAACACCCUGAGUAACUACAACAACUGGCGUUCCACUCAUAUCACGGCCAACUUCGAUAUUCUGUUCGACCAGAAGAAGCUGGUAGGAAAUGUGGUCCAUCAAUUUAAGUCGAUCACAGAUGGUCAAUCCCAGGAGAUUAUCCUGGAUACCAGUCAUCUCGACAUCGGUGCCGUGAAGGUGGAUGGUCGGCCAUCCAAGUGGGAGUUUCUACCCCCGCUGGAGCCCUAUGGUGUGCCAUUGAAGAUUAGCCUUGAUAAUCCUAUCAAGUUGAACGGCACCGUUGAGGUUGAUAUCGAGGUGCAAACCACCGACAAGUGCACCGCGCUGCAGUGGCUAACACCUGCGCAAACCUCAAACAAGAAACAUCCAUAUAUGUUCUCCCAAUGCCAGGCAAUCCACGCGCGGUCUAUCUUCCCAUGCCAGGACACUCCGGAUGUCAAAGCCACCAUUGACUUCAACAUCACCUCUCCGCUUCCGGUCAUGACCAGCGGCCUGCCAAUUCGCGAGUCGUCCCCGGAGUCAAAGGUGGACCACCAGCUGUAUCGAUUCCACCAGUCGGUGCCGAUCCCCAGCUACCUUUUCGCUAUUGCUAGCGGUGAUGUCGCCGAGGCUCCCAUCGGCCCCCGCAGUGUCGUUGCAACCAGCCCUGACAAGUUGGAAGAGUGCAAAUGGGAGCUCGAGGCUGACACCGAGAACUUCAUUACAACAAUCGAGAAAAUCGUUUACCCCUAUGCCUGGGGUGAGUACAACGUUCUGAUUUUGCCGCCCAGUUUUCCCUAUGGCGGCAUGGAGAACCCGAUUUUCACUUUCGCAACCCCGAGUAUCAUUUCGAAGGACCGUGAGAACGUUGAUGUCAUUGCACACGAAUUGGCUCACAGCUGGAGUGGUAACCUGGUUACCAAUGCUUCAUGGGAGCAUUUCUGGUUGAAUGAAGGCUGGACUGUUUAUCUUGAGAGAAGGAUUCUCGCUGCCAUUCACGGCGAACCCUAUCGCCACUUUUCGGCAAUCAUUGGGUGGAAGUCUCUGACUGACGCUGUCGAGCAUUUUGGUGAGGAUCAUGAGUUUACUAAACUUAUCAUUGACCUGAAGGGCAAGGAUCCCGACGACGCAUUUUCAAGUGUCCCUUAUGAGAAGGGUUUCAACUUUUUGUUCCACCUUGAAAAUCUUGUUGGCAAGCCAAAGUUCGACAAGUUCAUCCCUCACUAUUUCACAACCUUCAAGUGCAAAUCGCUCGACUCUUAUGAGUUCAAAGCUCUGAUUCUGGACUUCUUCAAGUCGGAUGCUGAGGCUUCUAAGCUCUUGGAAGAAUUGGAUUGGGACAAGUGGUUCUAUGCGCCAGGUUUACCACCUAAGCCAAGCUUUGACACAUCGAUGGUGGAUGCUGUCUAUGAACUUUCCAAGAAGUGGCAGUCCCUUCCUGACUCUCCUUUCCAGCCUCAUAUCAGCGAUAUCAAGGGCUUGACUGCAAACCAGUUGGUCGUCUUCCUGGAGCAGAUGCUUUUACUAGAGAUACCUCUCAGCCCCAAGAUCUCGAAGUUGAUGGACGAUGUCUAUGGAUUUACCAAGAGCAAGAAUGUCGAGGUCUCGAACCUUUACUGCCAGGUUGGCAUGAAAGCAGGAGAUGGCAGCAUCAUUGAGCCAACAGUGGAUUUGCUGGGCCGCGUUGGCCGGAUGAAGUUUGUGCGGCCUUUGUUCCGCAAUCUUCAGAAAAUCAAUCGCCCUGUCGCCCUCGCAACAUUCGAGAAAAACAAGGAAUUUUAUCACCCUAUCUGCCGAGGUAUGGUGGAAAAGGAUCUGUUUGGCAAGAAAGACAACUAG